UUGGUCAACAACAGGGAAGCAUCUGGACAUACAGUGAGCCGAUCUAUUAGCCUCCCUCAACACAUGUUUGAAUUAAAUAUCGAAGUCAUCUUUCCAACUCCCAAAAUCCUUCGCUAGACAUCUCCAAAUACCAACCAAACCUUUUCUAUGAAUCGCUUCAACCACAGUAAGAGAAUCAAUAUCCGUCACAAAAUCCCUGAAACCAUUUUCUACCGCCCAGGAGACCGAGAUAUGAAGAGCUUCCAUUUCGGUCUCAGCUACAGAUUUCGCCCGAAUAGAGAGCGAAAAUCAGCUGCCGUGUUUGAGAACGCAUUACUACACCGCCUGCAGAGCUAUCAGAAGAUACAAUAGCAUCAAUAUUCAGCUUAAGACCCACUGGAAUGGAUGAAGGAGAAUGUCUCCCCUUUAUGCCAUCUAAUUGCAUCAAAGGCUGAGGAAAAAGAGAAUGAACCGUUGCUACAAGGAAUGAAUGAAGGAGAAUGUCUCCCCGCCAUCUAAUUGCAUCAAAGGCUGAGGAAAGAGAGAAUGAACCAUUGCUACAAGGUUUAUUCUUCAGUGCGUCCCACCACCAUUUCAGGUUGAGGCUAGAGCUUGCUACCUGUGCUCGUUGCUCGGGUGAUCAUCUUGGAGAGAAGACUUGGUGAUCCAACAAAUAAUUCUCCAACACUUAUAAAGAGAGUACAUAAGAAUGAAGAUGAUUAUUCUAAAGCUGAAAAGCUUAGAUCUAAAGUUGUCUCUCACCGGAAAACUCCAACUGCAACUCGGUGACUACUCGCCUCUGAUGAUGUCGGCUCCUUCAUCUUCGUGCAUGGUAAGUCGGAUUAUCCUCUUGGAUAUCCGCUCAGGUAAAUUGACUUGAAACACCCUAGGUGCACCCGGGUGCCUCCGGAUUUUACUUUAGUCCCUUUCCCUGCGCGACCGUUGGUUGAUUUUAUCCUGACCGCCAUCACCCAAGUAUGUCGGCUGGAUCUCUUUAUUGUCUGUGUUGAUCUGUCUGUUGCAUGUUUAGAUUUGUUCUAUCUUUGAGUUGUUUACUGCCUGUGUGUGCUUAGUUAAUUGUGGGGUAGACGGUUGGGGUCGUGUUCUCUCUGAGAGUUGUUUGAUUCCCUGUGGUCUGUCUGUCUGCGGGUAACCUAAGGAGUCAAUCCCAUUUUGGCUAAGGCACGUGGUGUUAGGGCUAGGGGAUACCCUGUCAGCCACUCUAGUGGCCUCGGAUCUGCGUGGUCCUCUAGCCUGCUGCCUAAACCUUUCUAGGGUUUUUACUUGAGCUUACUUGUUCGACUUAUCCAUAGGUUUCUGUUUAAGUGCCAUGUCUGCUAAUCAAUGUGGAAUGUUUCCUUUUAAUGGGAAAAACUCAUUUUGAUAUCUGGAAACAAAAGAUUAAAUGUGUUUUAAUUCAGCAAAAACUUUUCAUAACUGUCACUGGCAAAUUUUUGGAAACAGAAAAUGAGGCUAAACAACAUGAAAUGAAUGAAACUGCCUGUUCCACUAUUUACUUAAAUCUUUCUGACUCUGUGUUAAGGAAAGUUGGUAUACUUGACUCUGCCAAAGAGUUAUGGGAAAAACUUGAUGGUUUGUAUACUGAUACUUCCUUAUCUGACAAACUAUUUUUACUUGAAAAGUUUCUCCAGUUCAGGCUUGACCUUACCAGGGAUAUAAAUGAAAAUUUGGAUAUUUUUAACAAACUUAUUCAAAGUAUCAAACAGGCUGGUGACUAGCAAAUUGAUGACUAUACCCCAAUUACUUUGCUUAAUGUCAUCUCCGAUUCUUAUAUUGAUGUCAAAUCUGCCAUCAAAUAUGGCAGAGAUAAUGUCACUCUGGAUAUUGUGGUAAAUGGUCUGAAAAGUAAAGAACUUGAUUUGAAACAAAAUGGGGUCAUGGCAAUCGGUCUAGGGAUUCUGGCGAGGCCUUGUAUGUGAGGGGUAGAUCUAAGAGUGGGUCUAAGAACCCCAAGAAGGAAAAUCAAAAUAGGAAUAGUCAGAAGCCUGGUAAGAAGAGAAGUAAGUCUAAAAAGAGGGUUUGUUAUAAUUGUGGGAAACCUGACCAUUUCAUAAAGGACUGCCUUAGUCCCAAGAAGUCUGACCAAGCCAACUCCGUUGUUUCUCAUUAUGUGAAUGAUGAUGUGUUUAUGGUUUAUGACUUUGCAAACUUUGUGUUAAGUGGCUUAACUGAAAAUGAAUGGCUUAUUGACUCUGACUGCACUUAUCAUAUGACUCCUUUUAAAUCCCUAUUUUCUUCUGAGGAUCUUUGUGAUGAUGGUUAUGUGUCUUAGUAGAUAGUACGAAAUGCAAGGUGCAUGGGGUGGGGAAUAUAUGUUUGAAGUUUGAUAAUGGGAAUAUGUGCACUGUGAAAAUGUGAGACAUGUUCCAGAUAUGUGUCAUAAUUUGUGUUGAGGUUUAUUCCGUCAACCCGUAGGCCCAACACACGACCCAAGGUUUGAAAGGAAGAAAUAAAGAUGUAGAUGCAGAAAAAAGCAAGAUAUGGCCCAGUUAGAGGUCUUAAUACAUUAAUCCCGGUAUAAAGGCUUGAGGUCGUUCAUCCCUAGCAUAUGCUACGGGUUGUUAAAAUGCUAUACUAUUAGAGUGCUUAGUUGCCAACCCCUUACAAUUAAAUAAAUGCUUCUAUUUACACUGCCAAUGGGUAGUUGGAUGCAUUGACGUGGCGGACUGUGGAUCGCUUGACCCCAACCACCAAAUCUUCUGCAUUAAAUGCGCUUCCCGUCAGGAUCUUGGCUUCCCGUCAAGGGGUGGGGACGUUCAUCCCCAUGAGCUUGCCUCCUGUUUCCUACUGGGACCUUGGCUUCCCGCCAAGGGGUGGGGAUGUUCAUCCCCAUGAUCUUGCCUCCUGUUCCCUGUUGGGAUCUUGGCUUCCCACCAAGGAGUUGGGACAUUCGUCCCCAUGAGCUUGCCUCCUGUUCCCUGCUGGGAUCUUGGCUUCCCGCCAAGGGUGGGGACGUUCGUCCCCAUGAUCUUGCCUCCCGUUUCCUGCUGGGACCUUGUCUUCCCGCCAAGGGGUGGGGACGUUCGUCCCCAUGAGCUUGCCUCCUGUUUCCUGUUGGGACCUUGGCUUCCCGCCAAGGGGUGUGGACAUUCAUCCCCAUGAUCUUGCCUCUUGUUCCCUGUUGAGACCUUGGCUUCCCGCCAAGGAGUUGGGACGUUCGUCCCUAUGAGCUUGCCUCCUGUUCCAUGAUGGGAUCUUGGCUUCCCGCCAAGGGUGGGGACGUUCGUCCCCUUAGUGUCCUGUGCUGCUCCUGGGCAAAGGUACUUGCUUACGCCAGAAUAUGUACGUCCCCUGGGCCUCGGUGUUGGGGCUUGGCCCCACUGGGGACGAACCUCGUCAGGAUAAUGGGGGGUUAACCCGUUGUCUUGGUCCUUCUGGGGACGUUUGUAAGGUGGUGUUCUUAAGGGUUUAUGGGCCAAUCCUUGUUGGGCCAUUAACCCAGCACAAAUCCCCCACAUAUGAUGUUCCGAGCAUGCGCGGGACAUAAGGAAGUAGAACUGGAUCCGACGUACAUCUCCUGAUGCGCUGUUUGCCUGCUCAUAUACCCCAUGAGAGGUGGUCGUGCGUCAUCACCGCUUACCGCCAUUUUGGUGCAGGAGCCAAACGUUGUUACUGGCAUUCUAAGGGUAUUUGCCCCCAGAUUGUAGGGUUUGGGGAAGUUCGUAGGGUGAUCCUCAGUAGGGUUUAUGGGCCAUCCCCCUUGGGCCUUUAACCCAACACAAGUCCCCCACUUCUGAAGUUCCGAACGUGCGCAGGACAUAAGGAAGUAGAAAUGGAUCCGUUAUACGUCUCUCGCUAGUGCCCUUGACGCCUCCCAAGUCGACGAGCCACCCCAUAUCUCCUGUGGGUACGACAUUCUUCAUUUCCUUGGGACGUUUGUCUUUUCGCUCGACCAUCUUCUCACCGGUCCUCCGUGCGGCCCCUGGGUCUUAUGCUACACGAGGCUGGUGAUCUUGAUGAAGAGCAGGCACGUUGAUGCACACUAAUUAGUAGUGCAUAAUUGUAUGUUUUUAUGUUUCAUUGAUGGUGAUUGUUUGACGUUUUAUUUAGUUUGUAAACAUUUGUGUGAUUUUAGUUGUAAUUGUAUUUUAGUUCUCAUUUGUAAGUUGUAAAGUAGAAUUAGGAAUUAGGAUGUUGGAAAGGAGGAUGUUGAAGUGAAGAAAAGGAAUUUUGACAUUCCAGGAGCAAAUACCCGACCGGGUAGGAAACUUCACCCGGUCGGGUCUGAUUUGAAAACCGAACCACUGAGGAAAGAGCUGGGCCCGGUCGGGUACCCGGCCAAAGGUGUUGUAAAACACCUAUAAAUAGCCCCAUUUUCCUUCACUUUUAAUCAUCCCUUCUUCCAUACUCUUAAGCUCAGUUUAGAAAAGCAUUUCUUUAUAUUUUUCUAGUUAUGUUUAGUCUCCAAAUGAGGAGCUAAACUUCCAUUCUUGGUGUUGCUCUUGAAGCUUGUUGAUGAUUAAAGUUGUGAGUUAUUUUCUUAACUUCUUUCCUUGAAUAUUAAUUAAUAGUUCUUUCCUUAAUACCAUCUCUAUAUUAAUGUUGGGGAGUGUUGCUAAGAUGACAAUUAGUUAACAUCUCGACAUUGGUUAGAAUGAUAUUUUCUUCCUCUAUAUUAAUGUUAGGGAGUGUUGCUAAGAUGACAAUUAGUUAAUAUCUUGAUAUUAAUUAUAGUAGGAUUCAUCUUCUAUUCUAAAUAUAAGAUGGUUAAUCGUUGAUGGUUUCACAAGUAAGUAACUUCGGUUUAUUAAUGCACGGUCGUGGUUAAUAAACUUAAGAGGGAUUAAUUUUGUUGGUUAAACCGAAACCGUUGUGUUGAGGUUAUCAAUCUCAAUUGAUUUCAUCAAGGAGUUAGAAAGAUUAAAUGCUACUAUUAAAUCGGUAUAAGGCGUUGUUCUAUAUUUGAUUAAUAGUAAGAUGAUAGAGUAUAUCUAGAGAGAAGUGAGAGCUAGAGAGAGAAGUGCAAUAAUAUGCUUCAAUAGAAUGAUUUUAUAACCCCUAUAACUACUCCCAAGGGGAGUAUUUAUAGAGAAAAAACGGGCUGGGCUCCCAAGCCUUGGCAUAUUGAAGUAACUUCAGCCUUACUUAUCUUAUUAUUACACAAUUCAGGGCGCGAAACCAAAAGUUACAUGUUUGGUGAAAAAAUUGACUGAUAAGCCGAAAAAUACCGUUACCAAACGGGCUCCUAGUUGGAAAAUAGAAAUCAAGAGAACAUAUCCUCCGGAAAAAACGCUCGAGGUAAUUUUAGACAUAUUUUUUAUAAAAUAUACAAAAAUAAAAUGUUAAAAUAGAAGAAGACUACAAAAAGCAGCCCAAUAAAAAAAUGAAAAUAUUUAAUUCAUAUUCAUAAUUUGCUUUUGAAUGAUCAGCUUAGUGACGUGAGAUUUAGAGUGUUUUGGUGGGGGCACCCUUCUUUUCAAUUGGGGGCACUUCCACUUUUUAAAUUAAAACAUAUUUUAUUAACAUAAAUUCACAUUUUAUUGGGGGCAUGUGACCCCAUUGAGCAACAUGUACAUCCGCCCCUGUAUUAGAGUGCUUAGGUUCCAACCCUUACAAUGAAAUAAAUGCUUCUAUUUAUACUGUCAAUGGGUAGUUGGAUGCAUUGACGUGGCGGGUUGUGGAACGAUUGGCCCCAACCGCCAAAUCUUUUGCAUUAAAUGCGCUUCCCGCCAGGAUCUUGGCUUCCCGCCAAGGGUGGGGACGUUUAUCCCCAUGAACUUACCUCCUGUUUCCUGCUGGGACCUUGGCUUCUCGCCAAGGGGUGGGGACGUUCGUACCCAUGAUCUUGCCUCUUGUUCCCUGUUGGGACCUUGGCUUCCUGCUAAGGAGUUGGGACGUUCGUCCCCACGAGCUUGCCUCCUGUUCCCUGCUGGGAUCUUGGAUUCUCGCCAAGGGUGGGGACGUUCGUCCCCAUGAGCUUGCCUCAUGUUUCCUGCUGGGACCUUGACUUCCCACCAAAGGGUGGAGACGUUCAUCCCCAUGAGCUUGCCUCCUGUUUCCUACUGGGACCUUGGCUUCCCGCCAAGGGGUGGGGACGUUCGUCCCCAUGAUCUUGCCUCUUGUUCCCUGUUGGGACCUUGGCGGCCCGCCAAGGAGUUGGGACGUUCGUCCCUAUGAGCUUGCCUCAUGUUCCCUGUUGGGAUCUUGGCUUCCCGCCAAGGGUGGGGACGUUCAUCCCCUCAGUGUCUUGUGCUGCUCCUGGGUCAAGAUACCUGCUUACGCCAUAAUACGUACGUUCCCCUGGGCCUCGGUGUUGGGGCUUGGCCCCAUUGGGACGAACCUCGCCAGGAUAAUGGGGGGCUAACACGUUGUCUUGGGCCUUCUGGGGAUGUUCGUAAUGUGGGCCUUGAGGGUUUAUGGGCGAAUCCCUGUUGGGCCAAUAACCCAACAAUUUGUUUUCAGUUGCUACUUUUGAGGAUAGUGCAUUAGAGGGUAAAUGUGGUAAUGGUUGCAUGAAGGUUUUGAAAAAUUCUUUGGUUAUGUUCAAAGUUUUGAAAGUUAACAACUUGUAUGUGUGCCGUGUUGUACUCUUCUUUGAAUCUGUCAAUGCUGUCUGUCCUGAUAAAUCUGUAUUGUGGCAUAAUAGGCUAGGACACAUGAGUAAUAAGGGUCUAGAGAUCAUGCAUAAAUCAUGUUACUUUGGUAAGAUCGUGUGUAUUCUGUGUCUUUCUGUGAAGCAUGUGUGUUUGGUAAGCAACAUAUGGUCAGUUUCCCUAGUUCCACUUAUCCAAACUUGUCUAAAUGUACUUUUGCCUUAGAAUAUGUUCAUGCUGGAGUUUGGGGUCCUGCCAGUAUCCCUACCCAUGGCGGUAAGAGAUACUUUCUGUCAAUUAUAGAUGAUUUCUUUAGGAAAGUUUGGGUCUAUAUCUUAGUGCAUAAGUUUGAUGUCUUUGAUAGAUUUAGAGAGCGGAAAACCCUUAUAGAAACCCAAUCUAAUCUUAAGGUUAAAGCCUUUAGAACUAACAAUGGUCUAGAGUUGUGUAAUAGAGAAAUGCUGACUAGGGAAUAAAGAGACACAAAACUGUGCCAUAUACUCCCCAACAUAAUGGUAUAGCUGAGCGAAUGAAUAAAACCUUGCUUGAUAAAGUGAGAAUUUUUCUUGCUACCUCUGGACUGUCUAAGAAAUUCUGGGGUGAGGCAGUUAACACUCCCGCCUAUUUGAUAAAUAGGUCCCCUUCUGUUCCUCUAGGAGGAAAGUGCCCCGAGUCUGUGUACUCUGGUAAGCCCAUUGAUUUAUCUAACCUUAGGGUUUUUGGAUGUGCUGCUUAUGUUCACCAAUAGUUGGAUUAAGUUAGAUCCUAGGUCUCAGAAAUGUGUUUUCUUAGGAUAUCCUAAGGGGGUUAAAGGUUAUAGGCUGUGGGAUAGAAACUAGGUGGGUUUUAAGGUAGUGAUCAGUAGGGAUGAAAUAUCCAAUGAGUCUGAAUUCCCCUGUUUGAAUAUUUCUACCACAAAUCAAAGUUCUGUUUAUGAGAGUGUUCAGUCUGAGGUGGAGUCUGUUUCUGCUGCUACCAUUCCAUUAUUUGAUGUUGUUGUGAAUGAUUCUGAUGCUAGUAUGCAUGAUACCAAUCAUUCUAGUGGGGUGGAGUCCUUUCAUGAUUUUGAAAUACGUGUUGACUCUAAUGAUAGUGCUGAACAACAUGAUACUUCUAUGGAGCAUGAUAUCUGAGAUUUGCAUAACUAUCAACUUGCUAGGGAUAGAAGUAGAACAAUUGUUAAGAAAGUUUCUGAUAGUAUGUCUAAGACCCUGAAAUUGAAUGAGCCCAAAACCUAUAAUGAAGCCUUAAGAUCUAAGGAGUCCCAGAAGCGGCUAGAUGUCAUUAAUAGUGAUAUGGAGUCUUUGAGAGUUAACCAAACAUGGACCUUAGUUCCCAGACCUCUCAACUUUUUUUGUUAGAAAGCAAAUGGUUGUUUAAGGUUAAGGAAGAACCUAAGAGUGUGAGGUUUAAGGCUAGGUUAGUGGUCAAAUGGUUUACUCAAAAAGAGGGUGUAGGUUAUGCUGCGAUAUUUGCUCAUGUGGUUAAAUUUACUACUUUUACAACCAUAUUUGCUCUUGUUGUUCACUUUAAUUGGGAAAUGAAACAAAUGAUGUGACCACUGCUUUCUUUCACGGUGAUCUUGAUGAAAAGAUCUAUAUGACCCAACCUGAAGGGUUUGUGGAUCCCAAGAAAAGUGAUUAUGUGUGUUUGCUAAGGAAGACCUUGUAUGUUCUGGAGCAAUCUCAUAGGCAAUGGAAUAUUAAGUUUGAUCGAUGCAUGAAAUCUAUGAAAUUUGUUAUAUUUGCCUGUGAUCAUUGCUUGUACUAUAAUGAUACCUCCUCUAUGACAGUAUUCUUAUUGCUCUAUGUGGAUGAUAUGUUAAUCAUAAGUCUCAAUCUUGAUUCCAUUAUUCAUGUGCAAAAAUUUCUUUGUGAGAAUUUUUCCAUGAUAGACCGAGGGGAUGCAAAGAGAAUCCUAGGCAUUAACAUCAUUAGGGAUAUGAGCAAAUCUACUCUUUUGUUAAACCAAGUUUAUUAUGUGGAAAAUGUUUUGAGUAAAUUCAAUAUGCAAUAUGCUUACUUGUGAAUGUUCCUUUGACAUCCCAUUUUGUGUUAAGUAAGGAUCAGUCCCCCAAGGGUGAUUCUGAAAUUGAUGAGAUGAAUCUGGCCCUUAUUCCUGUGCGAUAGGGUCUGGUAUGUACCUUAUGGUGAGUACUAGGCUUGAUAUUGCUUAUGUUGUUAGUUGCCUAAGUCAGUUUAUGUCUAAUUCAGGUAUGCCUCACUGGAAUGCUUUAAAAUGGCCGUUGAGAUAUCUGAAUCUGCUGUGAAACAUGGUCUGUUAUUUGCUGAGGGUUCUGAUGGUACUUUGUUACAUGGCUAUGUGGAUUCUAACUAUGCUAAUCAUAGGGAUAAUAGGAAGUCUACCACUUCUUAUGUAUUUACUUUGCGUCGGUCUUGUAUCAGUUGGAAGUCCCAGUUGCAACCCAUAGUUGCACUUUCCACUAAUGAGUCUGAAUAUGUUGCAGCUACUAAAGCCUUUAAGGAAGCCAUCUACCUUAAAAGACUUGUCAGCGAUCUAGGUUUUCUUAAGCAGGGAAUUACUGUUUAUUCAGACAGUUAGUCAGCUAUUCAACUUUGCAAAAACCAUGUGUUCCAUGAUAGGACAAAGCACAUUGAUGUUAGGUUCCAUUUCAUUCGGAAGAUUGUGGAGGCUGGAGAUGUCAUGAUGGAGAAGAUCCCAUUAGAGUUCAACCCAGCUGAUAUGGGGACAAAAUGUCUUUCUGUUGAGAAAUUAUUUUCUUAUAAAUGAAUAUUAAAUCUAGAUUGUGGUUAGAUAUUAUUUGUUUUGCAGAUACUGACCCAUGGAGUUGUUGCUUACACUCCUGGGCCUGCUCUAAGAAAAAGUUGUUCUCUGGGCAUUCGAUUUAUGUUCAUGUGAUCCUUUGGAUCACGAAAGUGUGUAUCACAC